AUGUCCGAACGUACUGGUACUCCCAUGACGCUCGAAGACUUCCUCAAUUUAAAAGUCGCCCUCAAGCCCACUGAUGGAGAAGCAAUGGAUGUCAAACUGCACGUUUUGUUUACCCACAGCACCUUCUUUGAGGGUUUGUUCAGCAUUUCAGAUAAGGGUUUAGACCAAGCAGAUGAGCCCCCAAUCGAACUCGAAGUCACUCGGGCCCUGUUGGAAGUUAUGGUGGACCAGAUGGGCGGUGGGAAGACCUGGCUGAAAGCCGGAGCCGAAGAAAUCUUCGCCGGAAUCACCUUUUGCGACAAAUACGAAUUCGAAACUCUCCUCGAAAUAUUCCUCGCCCAUCUGUUCGAACAUGUCGCUCAUAAUCCAUGGCAAGUUUUCACCUGGGCGUCGUCUUAUGAUCGUCCCGGACUGGCAGCUGCUGCCAUCCGGGUGUUCCACAAACAUCACAGAUGUUGUGAUUUUCGUCUGUUACAUUUCCCCUCGGAAUUUCUCAUCGACGUCAAUCCUCGUUAUAUGGCGGCGUUGAUACGGGCUAUGUACACAUGCAGUGUCAGUCUGCCAAAUUAUAAUCAGAGACUCAAGGAGAAAGAAUGGGAGACUGUCAGCGUUCAUUUCUUGUCCGCUUUGACAAUAGUUGGAGAGAUAUUUAUGAGUAGACAUUGA